AUGACUGAAAGUCUUAACUUUGCAGUGAUAAAUAGCGAUAAUUCCACAUCAAUAGUUGAUUCAAAAGAUCACAAUAUUGCAACUUCAAUCAGAAUUCAAAAAACAAACGUCACAUUAUUUUCAAAAGACGAAAAUACGCUUGACAUAUUCAUUUUAAAAGAUGGACAAUGCAGUGAUACAACAUUACUUGCUCAGUCAUCUUCUCAUUUCAGCUUUUCAUUGAGUUCAUCAUCUGAUAACAAUAUCUGUGUUUUUCCAUAUCAAUUCCCAUCAUCUUUGAACAUAUCGAUUGAAGGAAACUAUACGAUUUAUUCAGGUGACAAUUCCACUCACAAUUUAACUAAAAAUACACAAACAAGUGAUCUCUUGUUAAACGGCAGCUGCUACGUUAACUUAAGUGGAAAUACAAUAUCUAUGAAUAGCACCAGCAGCCUCCCAGCAGGCGAAGAUUCUGAUUGCGCGGCUGUUUUGUUCAAAAUUCUCUCUGGAACAACCGUAACGACACCUUCUAGCAUUCCUUCAUAUACAAUGAGCUGCGAGCAUAGCAACUUCAAGGUUGAACAGCAACAAGCUGCUAAACCACCGUGGGUUGUCAUUAUUCUCCUUAUUCUCCUUAUCUGCUUCUGCAUUGCAUCUGGAAUAUACUCUUGCACCCACAAAAACAACAGCCAACUCAAAUAA